CCGUUUGCCGUUCGCCGUUCAUUCAUUCGCGUUCCGUGUGCCUUUCCGUCGUGGCGUCGCCCGCGCACACCGAUUAUUUCUGUCUCCGGUCGCCCGUCGCUCGGAUUUUAUUUUUCUGGUUUUUUUUUUUUUCAAUUUUUCUUCGCCACCGUUCGCGCGCGUCUUGUUUGUUAUCACAUCGCCGUUGUACUGUCGUCAUCGUUCGUAUCAUUUGCUUAUCAAUUAUUAUCUGGUAUCGUUUUUCUGCGGAAUCCUUUUUUUUUUUUUUUUUGAAAACAGUUCCCUCCUUUGGACUCGGCUGUGGUGUGCCAAAUAUUUUCACUAAUACAUAUUUACAAACUUACAAAUUCACACGCACCUUCUGAGGGACGAGAGGACACGGAACGACUGGACCCAGUCGAUCGCGCUAUAUCGCGUGUACGUACGAAAAAAUGGUAAAUAACUCGUCCAACAGUAUGAUGUUGGACGAAGCAUUUUACGAUGAUCGGGUGAUCCCCAAAGUCGAGACCCAGACAAACGAGGUGAACUUUCUAAAGAGGCCUAUGACAUUGGACCUUAAUUCGUGUAACCAGGACAACUCCGGCAAGAAACCCAAGUAUUUGCAGGUGCAGUUGACGUCGCCCGACCUGCACAUGCUCAAGCUGAGCUCGCCCGAGUUGGAACGGUUUUAUUUGGCACAGCAGACAGCUCUAGGCCACAUCAAUACACCUACGCCUUCCCUGUUCCCCAAGUCUGUUACCGAGGAACAAGAGAUGUAUGUGCAGCCGUUCGUAGAAGCCCUUAACAGCUUGCACAACAACGAUUCAAACAGUGCCAACCGAGUGGAAAUACCAUUGACCAGCAGCGGUAGCAAUUCCUCCGAGUACAAGUCUGAACCCCAAUAUUCUGUAUUGAUGCCUUCAAACGAUUUCUCCAACAUCAUACCUCACCAUAUCAUCAAAGAAGAACCACAAACUGUACCGAGUGUGACAUCUUCGUCUCCACCCAUGUCACCAAUCAACAUGGAGUCUCAAGAAAAAAUCAAACUUGAAAGGAAAAGACAGAGAAAUCGAGUGGCUGCAUCCAAAUGUCGCCGAAGGAAAUUAGAACGCAUUGCCAAGCUCGAAGACAAAGUAAAAGUACUGAAAAAUGAAAAUACCGAACUCACCACAGUAUUGAACAGACUCUUGGAACAAAUAAGUCAAUUAAAACAAACCGUUGUUGAACACAUGCAUAGUGGUUGUGAGUUUGCAAUGAAUACACUGUGACCUUUAAUAACGAACACAGUUGAAUUCAUUGAAAACAUCCUGAAUUUGGAUGCUACUUCCUGCCUGUCUGUGAGUUUUUCUUAUUUUUUCUACACAAUUUUUAAUAAACCAAUAAAUUGCUUCAAAAAUUGCUCAAUUUCUUUGUAGCCUUUUUUAAUAUAUUUUUAUAACUAUAAUUUUAUAUUAUGAUACAAAAUUCUUUUACAAAAUAUUUUUUUCAUUAAAUUGUAAUAAAUUUAAAAUCAAAACAAUAAUUUUUUACUUGUGUUUUACAAACGUGCAAUUACUAGGUAAUCAAACUUUUUACUGUGCUAUUUUUUAAUAUUUUUUAUUUAACUAUAUACAAUGUUAUUAUUGUUCAUUAUAGAUAAUAUAUGGAUUAUAUUAUAUAAUUAACUAUAAACUUAUUUAAAUUAAACUAGCAGCAACAGAAUAAUUCUGCACCUGAUGCCUUUUAAUUGUACGAAAGCCAUAAAAUAUAUGUGUUAUGCUCAAAAUGUUAAGAGUAUUUAAGAUUUUCUAGGAUAUUUAUACAAAAAAUUUUAACAUACAUAAAUAUUUUUAUAUUUUCUACAAAUGUUAAAUGAAUUCUAUGAAGAAAUUGUUAUGUGAAAAAACCAGUGUUGCCUUUUAUAUGUAUAUUUCAAGUUUAUCUUCUUCACCAUUAUAAAUUUAUAUUUAACGUGCCAAUUAAAGGCUACUUGUUUAUAAUGCAAUAACUUAACUGAUAUUUUAAGCUUUUACCAGACAAUAAUAGGCCAAAGUUAAUUAGAUGUAAUUUUUGUAAAUCCCAUAUCUAUAUAUUUAUAUUGUAUAUUAUUGAAUAAUAUUAAUUUGUAUUGAUGAGACUUUAAAAAACUGGUCUUGUUGUGAUUUAUUGAUCCCUCCGCUCUUAUUGCAGACAACUCGAAGUUGAUAAGUCAUGUUCCUAGGUGCUCUAGAGUGUAACAAAGCAAUUCUUUUUAAUGUAAUGUUUUUAAAAUCCAAUAUUAAAAUAUUUAAAAUCGUAAUAUUUUUUU